CACGCGACCAGGAAGUGCUAUGGCGUUCGGUGGUGGGCUGCUCGCCGGCCGCCGCACAAUGGGUCGCGUUAAACCUUGGCUCGCCGCUCUUUUUGGCCUAACUCUGUGCACUUUGGUUGAGGCAGGCAGUGCUGAGCAGCCUACCAUUACAAUUACUCCUGGAGAAAAGUUGCCAAAUGGGACAAUCUAUGUAAUCAAACAUUCCGAUGUUUCAUUCAACUGCUCAACAAUGUCACAACAGAAGUCAAAUAUAUCUUGGUUGUUUAGUCGGGAUUCAAUGCAACAAACUUGUAAAACAGUUGAGGGAACCUUUGCGGAAUUUACACAUCUCAAUGUGGGAAGUGACAAGCAAGGGAACUAUACUUGCUCGACAAAUUACAGUGUUACCAAGGAAGUUCUUGUCUACUAUCCACCAGAGGGACCCCCUUUGUGUCAUGCAGAAUCCUCUGACCACAGCGUACAUCUGCUUUGUUCUUGGACUGAUGGAUAUCCCCAUCCGACAUUUGCUUGGUCAAAUAAGACUUGGAACUACAAAGCCAGUGAUCAAGUGCAUGGUCAGCCAGGAUUAAAUGAUAGCAUGGUACUACAAAUCAAAGGGUCAGAUUUACAUGAUGGCCAAAUAUUUAAAUGUGUGGGCCAUCAUAUUGCAUAUGAACAAAAGAUGGAACCAUCGUGCUCAUUAAUGUUGAAGGUUCCACUUCCUGAAUCAAAACCUCUUGUAUAUGGAAUUGAGGGAAGGAAUACAACACUCAUCUGCCACUCUAAGGAAGGAAAUCCUCUUCCGAAAUUAACCUGGCUACGAAACGAUGACGUGGAAAUUUUCACUAAUAAUAAAUAUAUAGUCUUACAAGAGGGUGUUACUUCAUUCCUAACAAUACAACAGUCAUCUAAAGCAUUGGAUGAAGGGAGAUAUGUUUGCAAGAGUGAAAAUCCUCUGGGGAUUAAAGAAGUGGAAAUAUGGGUCUCAUUUAACAAUAAAAACAUUUCUGGAUUGGUUGGAGCAAUUGCUAUCCUUGUACUUCUAAUUAUUGCUGCAAUUUGUGGAAUUUUCCUCUAUAAGAACAGGAACCUAUUUAACACAAGAAGACAUUUUUGGCAAACGGGUUCAAAUGUUUUUACUCUGGUGGAUUCGGAGGAAGACGACUAUCUUGCAGAUGAGGGUUCAUCUGGAAUAACCUCAGUUGUUAAUCAUCAACCUGUUCAGUCAAUAAAUGGUCAUGCUUUUGUUGAAGGUAACGAACAAAAAACUCAUAAUGACCGGCUUCCAAAUGAAGGAAGAAACGAGAGUGACGCUUAAAGGACCAGGGGAAAUAUGAUUGCUUUGGUGCAAUUUUUUUUGCGUAAAUCUGUGGAGAAGUGUGCUGUGUUGGGGAUUUCCAGUGAGCUCUGAUUGAGCCAAUGUAUUGUAUGGAUACAAUUAAUUUAAUGUUAUUGUACAGCCCUUUUUUUUAGAUACACUGAAACUGAUGACACAAAAAUGUUAGGAACUGCUUUUAAACACCAGAAUAUAGACUGCCACAAAAAUCAAUACAAUUUAUGCUCAGGAUUUAAGUAUGAAAAGUAGGUCUAGUGAGUUUGCUGUAUCUGUCUGGUAAUAACCUUUUGGCUUACAAAUAAUUUAGUUUAAAAGUGCCUUGUUUGUCGCGUUUUAUAAAAUAAUGCUCUGUAUUCAACUCUUGAGUGUCUAUUUGUAAACUCUACAAAAUAUUUCUGAGCAUUUUCAAAGAAGAAUCUUUUUGUAAAAUUGUACAUUAUAAUUAACUGUUAAAAUGAUUCUAUUCAUCUUGGUUUUGUUCAGUGAUUGAAUUAUUUAUGCAAAUAGGAAUCAUUUUAUAUUAAUACGCAAAGACAAAUAUCGUGUUUAUUUUAAGUGGUUUUACUAUUUGUGUAGCUUAGCUGAUGUCUUUUUUAUAAACAAAACCUGUAUUAUGUGCUAAUGUUCUACGGAAUAAAAAUUCCUUAU